UAAAAGUAACUUGAAAAAAGUUCACUUAAAAAAUCAACAAUUGGAGGCUGGAAGCAAGUCCUUCCUUAAGGAGUUCUUCAGCCUUAACCUAAGGUCUCAUACUUGGAGCCCUAUGACAUCACCACAGAUAGAGUGCACUCUGUACACCCUUCUGGAGCAGCUGAGCAAGGGUGAAUUAGGGACUUUCAAAUCCCUCUUAUGGACUUUUCCCCUAGUAGAUGUGCUACAGAAGACCUCAUGGUCUGAGGUGGAAGAGGACAAUGGCAAGAAACUGGCAGAAAUUCUGGUCAACACAUCCUCAGAAUGUUGGAUAAGGAAUGCGACUGUGAAGAUCUUGAAAGGGAUGAAUCUUCCAGAAUUGUCUAAGAUGGCAAAGGCUGAGUUGCUGGAGGACGGACAGGUAGAAGACUCAGAUAACCCUGAGCUCAGAGACUCAGAAGAGGUCUUGGAGUUAGCAAAGCCAGGUGAGAAGGAAGGAUGGAGAAAUGCGAUGGACGAACAAUCUUUGGUUUGGAGGAACACCUUUUGGCGAGGAGACAGUGACAAUUUCCACGACCACGUCACUCAGAGAAACCAAAGGUUCGUUCCAUUCUUGAAUCACAGCAGAACACAGCUAUCGCCUUACAUGGUGGGUCUGCAGGGUCCUGCGGGCGUGGGGAAAACCAUGCUGGCUAAAAUGUGUAUGCUGCACUGGAAAGACUACAACCUCGGCCCGAAGGCCAGAUACGCUUUCUACCUCAGCUGCAAGGAGCUGAGUCACCUGGGCCGCUGCAGUUUUGCAGAGCUGAUUGCCAAAGACCGGCCUGAAUUGCAGGAUGACAUUCCAAACAUCCUAGCCUAAGCACAUAGAAUCCUGCUCAUGGUCGAAGGCCUUGAUGAGCUGAGAGUCCCACCCGGGGCGCUGAUCCAGGACAUCUGCGGGGACUGGAAGAAGCUGAAGCCGGUGCCGGUCCUCCUGGGGAGUUUGCUGAAGAGGAAGAUGCUACCCGAGACCACCCUGCUGGUCACCGCUGGACCCAGGUCCCUGAAGGACCUGCAGCUCCUGGCAGAGAAGGCCAUCAACAUAAGGGUGGAGGGAUUCCUGGAGGAGGACAGGAGGGCUUAUGUCCUGAGACACUUUGGAAAGGAGGACCAAGCCAUGCGCGCCUGUGAACUUUUGAGAAGCAAGGCCCUGUUCCAGCUGGGUUCGGCGCCCAUCGUGUGCUGGACAUUGUAGAGUCUGAAGCUGCAGAUGGAGAAGGAGGGAGGACCAGCCCCCACCUGCCGCACCCACACAGGGCCGUUCCAGCAGUUUCUCUGCAGCCGCUUCCCGCAGGGUGCACAGCUCUGGAGCGAGCUUCGGGCGCUGAGCCUCCUGGCUGCGCAGGGCCUGUGGGCGCAGAUGUCCGUAUUCCAUGGAGAGGACCUGGAGAGGUUCGGGGUGCAGGAGUCUGACCUCCGCCAGUUCCUGGAUAGAGGCAUCCUACGCCAGGACAGAGCCGCCAGGGGUCAGCGCAGCGAGGCGGGGUCCCCCCUGCAUCUGGAGCGAGGCAGGCGGGCGGGAGGCUGAAGACCUGCGAUCUCGUGAGACACCGGUUCCGUCCCCUGCAGGGAGCAGAGGCAGCUCUGAAAGUCGGUUUAAUGCGGAGACCGCGACCGGAGGGGCGCAGAACACUUCUUCCAGCGUCCUGGGCUCCGCGAGCACAAUUUUAAAACCAGCGGCGAAAUCCGAGUCCUGAGCGCCGUCUCAGACUCCACCCGCUUCUGCACCGUGAGGCACCCCGGUGAAUUCCAGGGCUCCGUGGGCCCUCAGCCACCAGCGGUCCCGGGAGUCUCUUGGCGGCGGGGGGAACGGAGCUGGGCGCCUAGACGGCGCCAGGGUCGUUUCUCUACCCCUGCCCCAUGGCCGUGGCCGGAGCCGCAGCCCUGCCCCUUCCCCACCAGGGCCGCGCCUUUCUCCUCCGACCAGACCGCGCCCGGUCCUGGUGGGAAACUCGCAGGUCUCAGGCAGCCCGCGCCGCGCUGUGGUGGAGAAGUGGGCCCGGCGCGCACGUGGGGUGCCCGGGGGCCGCUGCUUCCCAGGCCCAGGAACAAAGCUGGAGAUGCGGCUGCUGAGUUGGUCCUGGGAUCUGCUUCAUCUCUUGGCUCCCCGGCCGCAGCCGCCUCCCUGCCGGCAGCUGGCUAGUCCCGGCCCUGGGCACCAUCUUCCCUGCCUGUCACCACUCCUGUCUGCCCAAGUAGCUCUGUCGCCCAGGCUGGAGUGCAGUGGCUCAGUCUCAGCUCACUGCAACCUCCGCCUCCCGGGCUCAAACGAUCCUCCUGGCUCAGCCUCCAGAGUAGCUGGGACCACAGAAGCCCGCUACGACGCCGGCUAAUGUUUUUUCUUCCCGUAAGACCGGGGUCUCCCUAUGUUGUCCAGGCAGGUCUUGAACUCCUGCGCUCAAGCGAUCCUCCCGUCUCCGUCUCCGUCUCCCGAAGUG